CCAAAUCGUUUUUCAUUUACACAAUUCCUUGCAAUUCUGUAGCAAUUCCUUUCAUUUUCGUAAAAUUGACCCACAUUUCAAUGAAUUGUGUCCAUUUUGUAUAUCAAAAUUAAAAGAAUUGGAUAUUCAUUCAUUUAGGAUUGGAAUAUUCAUCAUAAUGUUGAAUCGAUUUGCUUAAAAAACUUGAACCUAUUCUCCAACGAUUCUCUUUGGUUAAAUUUUACUGACGUGUGAUUUUUGUAGUGAAUUGUUUUAGCGGCGAAUUACAGUGAGUUGAAUACGUUUUACGGAGAAUAAUUCCUUAAUUUAUUACAUAUCACUCGCAAGUUUAUUGAAAGACAAGUACAAUGAUCUCUGACAUCCAGCUUGCAGUGUUUUCUAACAUUUUGGGAGUGUCCAUUUUCCUCUUGGUCAUACUCUAUCACUACAUCAGCGCCAACAGCAAUAAAUAACAAUACAUGGGUCAACACUAUUAUUUACCUAAUAUAUGUGUGUUCACAAAUAAAAUUUUAAUAAACGUUAAGAUGUAAAU